CACAGAGUACCUACUUUUUUAGUUUUCUUUUUGGCUUCACCCAAUCUUUGACCCAAUUUCGUCUUUGCUUGUCUCUGCUUUUGUUUCCAACUUGGACAUCAUGUUUGUAUGUCUAUGAAUUUAAACUUUUCAAUGAAAGGCGAAAAUAUGGACACCAAAAAAGUACCUACUUUGUGAUUAAAAAACGUACUUAUGCAUUAAAAAGUAAAAACUCUAAUCCCUAUUAAUCAGAUUCUAGGUAAAAAAGUAAAAACUAGGCAUUAAAAAUGCGGUGUUGUGUGCCUUUCUGCAAAAAUACUUCGGCCAAUGUAUCACCAUCAGAGGGAGAAGGGAAGGAGAUUAGUUUUCAUCGUUUCCCAAGUGAAGUGCAUCUCCGCGCUGCUUGGCUCCGAGCCCUCGGCAAACAAGACAGUCUACCGGACUCUGCAGUGGUCUGCUCGCAGCAUUUUCUAAAUGAUGACCUUUAUGAAACAGAAAGUGGCUUAAGGCAAAUUGGUGCUGGUGCUAUUCCUUCAAUGGUGCAGGUUUGCACAAUAUGCCUUGACACUGACAGUAAGCUGUUUCUAAUGAAGAAAUAUAACUUGGAUGAAGCAUAUGAAAAGUUAACUGGACAUCCCUUGUGUGAGCAAGGAAACCUAAAACAAACACUUUGUGUGCAAUGUGCUCAGAGAUUACUAAACUUUAGCAGAUUUAGAGACAAGAGCUUGAGAGCCCGUGCACUGAUGAUGGACUUAGUUGAAAAACAUGAAUUAAUAACAAAGCGACAUAUCAAAAUGAUAAGCCGCACAAAACACCAACUAGAGAGUAGUAUGGGGUUGACAACGCUAGGACCCGACCACUGUGACUUAUACAUAGUAGAACACCCCUCGGAAGACGAACAAACUGAAUUAGAGGAGACAGACCACCAAGUUCUAGUGAAAACUGAAGGAAGUGAUGACUCUAUGUCGGUUGAUGAGGACUCAGAAGUGGUGAAUGAAGAUGACAAUAAUGCAGUAACUGUUGAAGAUGAGUUUGCAACUUCUAAUGAGGAAGACAUAUCUGACUAUAGCAUUAUGUUGGAAGCAAAAUCACUGGAUGAAGCUCUUCACAAAGCUCUCAAGACGAAACAUUCAUACACGCGACAUAUGAGUGUAAAGCUCGAGAACGGUGAUGGUGAUGGUGAAUGUGAGACGUCACAAGUAUGCAAGCCUCAUACAGCUGUGAGCUCUAGCUGCUCACACUCUUCACUCAUCACUGAGAACAAGCGGGCAGACUCCAGCCCUUCUGCACAUUCUGCCCAACCCUUUGUCGCUCCGCUGCCUGCGAGUCUAACGACAAGUAACGAAGUAAAAGUGUCCCCACCUGAAGUAGCCGAUACAAACUUCAGAUUAACAGAUUGUUUUGUCAAACUGUAUGAUAUUUUCUCCAAGAAAGUCGUACCUAGACAACACAGAAAGGCUGUUAGGUCUUGUGUCAGUCAGAACAUUGUGUCCAAAGAUAUCAGUUAUCAGGCAACAAGUAAGAAUGAAGUCUCUACGACAGAAUAUGUUGAACCAGUCACUAAUUCUGUACAAGAAGUUGUAUCGAAAACUGUACAAAGCAAAACUGAUUGUUUAAAGAAUGUCAUUAAUGUACAAUGUUCAUUACAAACUAGUUCACACACUGAGGAUAGUCGGUUCAUUUGUGAUAUUAGUCGAAAAGCGUUUAAACGAAAAAGUCUCUUAGUAAAACACAUAACGACUCACGCUGAAGUAACACAGUUCACUUGCAAGAUUUGCCAGUACGAUUGUAAGUAUCCAAGCUAUCUGAAGAUACACAUGCGAACUCACACUGGCGAAAAGCCAUUUCCUUGCAAGUUAUGCAAUUACAAAUGUGCACGAAAUAGCCAUCUAGUGGCGCACAUGAGAACCCACUCUGGUAUAAAACCUUUCUCGUGUCAAUUAUGCAACUACAAAAGUGCACAAAAGAGCCGUCUGGUGACGCACAUGAGAACCCACUCUGGUAUAAAACCUUUCUCGUGUCAAUUAUGCAACUACAAAAGUGCACAAAAGAGCCAUCUAGUGGCGCACAUGAGAACCCACUCUGGUAUAAAACCUUUCUCAUGUCAGUUAUGCAAAUACAAAUGUGCACAAAAUAGCAGUCUAGUGGAGCACAUGAAAACCCACUCUGGUAUAAAACCUUUCUCGUGUCAAUCAUGCAACUACAAAAGUGCACGAAAGAGCCGUCUGGUGACGCACAUGAGAACUCACACUGGUAUAAAACCUUUCUCAUGUCAGUUAUGCAAUUACAAAUGUGCAGAAAACGGCACUCUAGUGACGCACAUGAGAACCCACACUGGUAUAAAACCUUUCAUGUGUAAUUUAUGCAAUUACAAAUCUUCAUACAAUAGCAAUCUAGUGAGCCACAUGAGAACACACACUGGUAUAAAACCUUUCAUGUGUAAUUUAUGCGAUUUCAAAAGUGCACAUAAACAUAAUCUGACGAGACAUAUGCUGAGAACUCACACUGCCACUGGUGACAAGCCUUCAUCGUGUUCGUGAAUCGUGAGCCGCACGUCCCACUCCGCCGCCGGAGAAGGCUUAGGACAUGAAGUCUACAACAGACAGCGAGUAGUGUGCUUUGUGUAGAGUGUAUCUUGGAGGACCUGGGCAUGACGCGCUCGCUUUGGGAUGCCCUGACGUUAAUAAAUACACUACCUACAUGUUAUUAUUAUUAUUCUCCAGAAAAUAGUUAUUAUAAAGUUCAAUACUAAAGACUGACUACUCCUCUUAACAAACUCUGAAAUAGAGGGAAAAAUAUCUUUAAA